AUGGCGGAGAACUUGUCUGACUUGCACCACAAAAUGUGCAAAAAAGUAGCAUAAUUAACCAAGGUUAUAUUCUUUUUGAAUACGAAGAACGAUGAGUAUGAGUAGAAUCUCAAAGCAGUAGUUUAAGCUUACGAGCAAUAAUUAGACUAAACAGUAAAAGAAGGCAAUUAGAUUAUUACCAAAUACAAAGAGGCUCUAGACAAGGCUUCUAAGAACGAAGAUUUAGCUAAUUAGGUGAUGAAGAUGAAACAGCAAAUAGAUCAAGAGAAGCAAUAAAGUCAACAAGAGUUUACCAAAUACAAACAGAAAUGCGAAGAAAAAGAAGGUUAGUUAAUUAGGGAAUGUGCAAAGAAAAUUGACACUUACAAACAAGAAUGCGAAGGGUUCAAAGUUAAAAUUGAAUAAUUAACUACAAACCUCGAUAAGGUGAUCAACAACUCAGAGUCGAAUAAAAAAAACCACCAAAAGGAACUUGCAGAUUAUGUCAAAGAACAAAAUGAAAAAUACAACGACUUACUCAAAAAAAAGUUAGAUUUAGAAGAUCAGUUAGAAAAACGCGACGCCGAAAUCGCCCAACUUAAAAAAAAAAUUGAUGAAUUAAACAAAAAAAUCAUGGACGACUUGAAGAAUCAAAAGGGAUAAUCCUAACAAAUGCUUGAAGAACUUAAAAAAAAUUAUGAGAACAAAAUUGCUGAUUUAGAAGGAAAGAAUAAAGAAUUACUUUAAAAAAUACAAUCUCUUGAAGCUGAAAUCUAAUCGCUUCGUAUGUAGUUAAAUAAUAGGGAAACUGAAUUAAAGACUGUUUCAGAUGAGAGAAACUAACUCAAGAAAAUGACUGAGAGAUAAGCUCUGCAAAUUUAAGAAUAACAAAAAGAAAUUGAUGGGUUGAAGGUCGAAAAACAACAAAAUUUUGAAAAAAUCAAGCAGUUAGAAGCUGCAAAUCAAGCACUUGAAAAGAAAAUUAAAGACUAUUAAGAUUAGUUAGAUAAAUAUGGUAAGGAUAAUAACAUGAAAGACUCUGAAAUCGGAACUUUAAGAAAGUAGUUUGAGAAGACUUUGUUUGAUAAAAAUGAAGAAAUUAAAGGCGUACGCGCUUAAUUGAUGGAACUUUAAAAGCAAUAUGAUUUAUUAUAAAUUCAAUUAAAAACUACUUAAGCCGAAAGAGAAGCUGAAAAUAGAGAAAAGGAUGCAUAAAUUGCUGAUCUGUUGAAGCAAGUUAAAGCUCUUCAAGAAGAAAUAGCUAGUCUUUCUAACAACUCUGAAGGACAACUCAAAUAACUUCAAGAAAAACUUAAACAAAAAACACUUGAGUUUGAAGAUUCUAAAAGAACUCUUAUUGAAGAUUACUCUAAUCAACUCUCUGCUUAAGAAAAGAAAUACUUGUAACAAAUAGAAGACUUAAAGAGAGACUAUGAGCAAAAGAUACGUUAGUUGACUUAAGAAAAUUCCUAAAAAGAAGCAAGCUUAAUAUAAAAGUACGAAGAAUAAUUAAAAAAACUCAGAGAUGAGAUGGAUGAAUAAAAGAGAUAAUACGAGAACAAUGCCGGUUCUAUGGAAAAGAAGCUACAAUAAACUAUUGAAAAACAACAAGAAUAAAUUAAUGGCUUGAACAAAUAAAUUACUGAGCUUUAAACAAGAAUCUAAAACUUAGAGAAUACAAUUAACUAGAAAGACUUGGAUAUAAAUCAAAGAGACUCAAUGAUUUAAUCUCUGAAGUAAACUAUAUCAGAUCUUGAGAUUAAAUUUUAAUAGCAAAAUGCAGAUGGUUCUUCAAGAUAAAGGGAACUUGAAAUUGAAAUUUAGAAUCUCAAAAAGUCUCUUGAAGACCAAGAAAGAAAAUACAGAGAUGAGAUAGAAAGACUAAAAAAUAAUGCUAAUGGUGAGCUUUCUGAUACUAUUGCUCGUAUGAGAAUCCAAUAUGAGGGAGAAAUGAAUGCUAUGAGAUCUUAACAUUAGUCAGAAAUUACAAGAUUAGAAAGACAAAAAAAUGAAGAAAUAAAAAAUUUGAGGGAUUAGCUUAAUUUGCUUAAAGAAUAAAUGCAAAAUGAUAGCUCUGACUUGCUUUCUAAACUUAAACAGAGAGAACAAGAAUACGAAGAUUAAAUAAAACAAAUAAACCAAAGACACAACUAUGAACUUAAGUUGAUUGAAGAAAAGAACUAGCAAAUGCUAAAUCAAACUAAGACUUAUUAUGAAGACGAGCUGAAGAAAUUGAGAGAAUAACUUGAGUUUGAAAAAACCAAAGCUCUUUAGAAAUUACAAGAUGAGAAGGAAGCUGAAAUUGCUAAACUUAAAUAAACUCACGAAGAUAAAUUGACUUCACUUUCCAAGAAUUUCGAUAAAUAACUUGCUGAACGUCAACAAGAAUUUGAAACUAAGAUGAAACUUCUUUAGAAGAAAGUUGAGGAUGAGGAAAAAGCUCAUUUCUCUACUAAGGAAGAACUCAAAACAACUUAAACUAAUCUUACUGAUCAAAUUAGCUAAAACAAAGACUUAAAACAAAAAACAGACAAAUAAAUUUUUGAUAUGUCUGCUGAAAUCAAGGCAUUAAAGCAAUAAAUGGAAGAACUCAUCUAAUAAUAGACAGAGGCUUUACUUGCCAGAGAUCAAUAAGUCGAAGGUAUCAAGAGAGAUUAUCAAAGAAAAGAAGAAGAAGUAUUGAGAAAAGCUAACGAGUUGGUGAAUAGAAAAAUAGCCGAACAACUAGAAUUCAUUGAGCAAAUGAAGAUUGAAUUCAACUAGGUAGAAUCUGCUUUGACAGAGAAAUAUGUUCGCUUAGAAAAUGACUAUAAUGAUCUCCAAUAAAUGUUUGAAGAUAGACCUUCAAGACCAGAAGAUAUCGAAACAAUUAAGUUGUUGCAAGCUGAAAUCAUGAGAAAGGAACAAGAAAUAGGAAAACUUAAUGAACAAAUGAAAUUCUUCAAGCUAGAAUUAAUUAACAGAGAAAACAACUAUAAUAAGAUGUUCAACGCUAAUCCUAAUGUAGGUGUUAUGAACCCUUUAGAUUAAAAAGGAUAAACAGCUAUGAGAGUACUACCUUAAAGCAACAAGCUAAUAAGCUAAACAUCUGGACUGAUUAGCGGAGGACAAAAAAGACCUAGCAAGAAUAACGUUUGA